UCUACGCGUGGUAGUACCUAUAAAUACCACCCUCGAGCUCGAUUCCCAAAAGUUUACUUCCAGCCGAAGCAACCCAGACCCGGUGGUCCGGAGUUUUCUUUAAGCCGAAGUUACAGCAAAACCCUAGGGGAUUUAAGGUCGAGAAGAAGAAGCAGCAGCGAAGGUUUCCAAAAAAAUCCGAUGGCGGAGCAGGAGAGGAAACGAAGAACGAGAAGGAGGAGGGUAGGACCGGAUUCACUGGCAGAAACUCUUAAAAAAUGGAGAGAGCUCAAUAAACAAGUUGAUUCAUGUAAUGGUGAGCGAAUCCGCAAGGCUCCUGCCAAGGGAUCGAAAAAAGGGUGCAUGAGAGGUAAAGGAGGGCCAGAUAACUCUAAAUGCAGCUAUCGUGGUGUUAGACAACGCACUUGGGGCAAAUGGGUUGCUGAGAUUAGAGAGCCAAAUCGAGGAAAUAGACUAUGGCUUGGUACUUUUCCGACAGCUCUUAAUGCAGCUAUUGUUUAUGAUCAGGCAGCAAGAGCAAUGUAUGGUCCCAGUGCUUGUCUCAAUCUUCCUGGAGAUCAAUUUACUUCUCUUAAUGAACCCCGAACCACAAAUUCUGAAUCUUAUGGCUCCAUCACAACAACAACUCAUUGUUCAAAUGUUUCAGAGGACUUAACUGAGAGCAGCACUGUAAAGAAGAUGCAAAAUGGGGUUAGUCUUAACGUAGAUGAAAAGAAAGAAUUGGCUUUGGAUAGUCCUCACGCUGAAACAUCUUUCCUUAGAACUGCUCUGAAAGAGGAAACUGAAGAAGAAGAAGAAGCAAAUGUGCAGUCGAUUGAUUGGCAAGAUAUCUCCUUGGAAAAUUUUGAUGUAGAUGAGAUGCUGAGGAUGAUGGAUACUGAUCUAAAUAACACAGAGGUUUCUAGACAACGAGAAAAGGAUGCUAGUCAGCAUUGUAGUAGCAGAUGGCAUAUGGAAAGUCCUUCAGCACUGUCGUUCCAAUUGCAGAAUCCUGAUGCGAAGAUGCUGGGAUCAUUGACUCAUAUGGAUAUGGGAAUUAAUGACACUGAUUUCUGCCAUGAAUUCAUUAGACCAAUGAGGCAAGGGUUUGAUUACGUGCCCGUUGGAGAUCCUGAAUUAUUCAGCCUUGGUUUCAACGAUGGAGAACCUAUCUGAAUAUUCAGCAUGGUUGAUGUGCGGUAGACCUGGUUAUCAAGGCAAAAUGGUUCUGUUGUAUAUAAGACUUGCGUGCUAGGUGGGGAGAUGACAUGUCCUAAAGCUAAUGACCAAUCUCAUUGACAUGGAAAGAUCAUGAAGAUCCAUAAAGUUGGUUUGGAUCAUUCUUCCCUCGCUAGUCGGAGAUGACUCCAACUUUAAGAAGACAACAUCAUAAUACACAAGAUAGUAUUCACAAUAUCAAAGUGUGUCAGGUAAUUGUCUGAUGAAGCUAUUUGUUAGGUUGUCAUAAAUUUGUAAAUAUAUAUUUAAUUAGUUUGAAGUUUUGAUCAUAAGAUCGUUAUCUAUCGAUAUCUUAUCAUUAUGAGUCGAGCCCUGUUAUUGGAUGAAAUAUAAAA